UUCACUGGUUCCGUACUUUUACCGAGGAAACCCGUGGCUGUCGCACGCGACGCCGGCUGAUGAUUACACGGUCAGUAAUGAAAGCGUCCUGCUCGCGUGCGGAGGUGCUGUCAUGUAGCCGCGUACCACCGCCUCUCGUUUGUGCCCCUGUCGUUUCUUUACGCCGGCAAGCAGUCUGUCCAGUUGAAAACGGUUUACGCCUUCGGACUAGUAGCAGCGUGAUCGACUGGUAGCUGUUAUCGUCGGACCACAACGCUUGCCGGUCCAAACUAUCGAAUUCACGUCACAAACGCGAGUUAUGAAUGUAAUCGUGUGUCUCGUUCUCCAGGUGAUCACAUAUCAGCUUGCAAGAUGUCAAGGAGGUGGACCAAGCACCUUUGGAUACGACGCAUCUUCGGCUUGCAGUAAACCAUACUCUCGUGCUGGCCGUGCACGGUUUGCAAAUCUACCUUGUGAUUUUCGACAGCAGAACUGGUGUACAGUAGCCGGUAGCUCUUAUCCUUGGCACGCGGUUCGUCGUUUCGUGCAAGAGAACCAAGGAUUAAUGAGGCGCAUGUACGGUGACGAAAGGCACAUUAAUGUGUUAAGAGCCGAAUUCGAGAGGAACGAUAUAGAACUAAAGUACGACGAUUAUUACCAUGAUCACAGAAAAUACCAGUACACGCACGACUACGAGUACUACGAGCCAGAGGACAGCCUACGAUUAAACAACAACGAAUACGAGGGACGAAGCUUCACGAGCAGAUCCUUCAACGACAACGCCGCGAAACGGCUCAACAAAUUCCCGAAAUUAAGCGAGUACACGAGGCCACAUUUCCGGCCGACCGAGAAGACCACCACCUCCACUUCCACGACGACCACCACCACGAGCACACCGCCCACCACUGCCACCUACUCCACCAAGGAAACGUCGUCGUCGUCGAGCACGUUGUCAACGACCGACUUCACGACCAGCCGUGAACCAACCACGCGAUCCACGCCCGCGACACCGAGUUCACUGAUAAAUGGCACGAACGAAGAAAAAGGAAACCCGCCGGACGGGGUGACAGUGUCGCCGGUGGCAACCAGCUCUUACGCGGUGAGAGAGCAAAAUUUCAUCAUCAACGAGAUCUCCGAGCAAAUAGACAAGGCUGACGAGACGGAGGCGGAGAAAUCCGGCGAGGUGACGGAUGUGUCCGAGUCGAGCAUCGAGGAAACGUCGACCAUCAAUUUGCCGAACGUCACUGAAUUGCCAGACGAAGGAGAGAUGGUCGAGGAUUUGUUCGCCACGCCUUCGAAGGAGACGACUGUUCAGGGUGAGGCGUCGAAUUCGAACGAGGAACAGGAGUUCAGGCCACGACCGGAAUAUCGACCGGUAGUCGGUAAGCCGGAAGCUUCGACUAUGGAAGGCCAGCUGUAUCAGGACGUCGUGGCGAAGGAUCAGCAGGAACAACCGGUUCUGAAGCUUCGAGGAGUGAACGCUUGCCCGGUGAAAGAGGAAGUGGUUGCUCCAUUUUGGGCAAAUAACACGAGAGGCGAAGUGUUAGCACUGUUGAAUCUUUAUCCCUUCGAGCAAUACGUUCACUGGGAGAAAUGCACACACGAGAACAAGCAGAUGUAUUGUCGAGACGGAUGCAGAUGCGAGCAACAGUACAGACUUCAUCGGUUGUUAGCUUACGAUCCGAACAACGAGUGCCGUGGCAUUUUCAGCGAUUGGUUCAAGUUCCCUAGCUGCUGUGUCUGUCGCUGUUACGAUUUGCCUCUUGAAUUUCGUGUAACAUCGCGUUCACCUCGUACCCAGAAGCAACGAGUCAAAGUUCAACCUCCUGAAACUCGUUAGAGCAUUUAGAGAGAAAGUUUGCUCGUUUCGUUUUCGAGCAACCAUUUCACAGUGUAACGCGAACGACAUUUUUAAAAAUUUCUAUCUAUUUAUCGCUAUUAGGCAUAAAUUUACUAUUAUAAGGCAUUGAUUUAAAAAUUCAUCAGUUCGAUGGAAAUAUAAAAAAUCUUGGGAACAAAAACAAUUUGUCUUUAAAUUAUUUGUUCCGAGUAUCUUGCCAUUUUUGUUAUGCUGUGAAAGGGUUAAAACAAAUUUCGAAUCGAAGAGACGGCCCGUUAACAUUUGAGAUCGUGCCUAGCUCGAACAUGUUGUAAAUAAUCGCAGUAUUGUGAAUCGAUGACAAACGAAGGUUUCAUGAUCAAGUGAUUUUCGAAAAUGAUUUAUGAAAAUUGAAUGGCUCCAGCCUAGUCAAGAAAUUUAGUCUUCGUUACUGUUAUUUGUCAGAAGUUCUCUCCCAAACGAUCUAUUUGCCAUAGCCAUUUAAAAUAUAGAUUGAAAUGUAGAUUGUAAAUACAAACAACUCUAAUUCAUGAAAAGAAUUUUAUACGCGAUACAUAUAUAUAUAUAUAUAUAUAUAUAUAUAUAUAUAUAUUCUUUUUAAUUAUUUUACAAUAAAACUGGUGCCUCGAUUGUUAUAAGUAUCAACUGAUACGAUUGGUAAAUAUAUUUUGUUGUUAUGUAUUAUAUAUUACGUUUGUAUAGAUAUUUACAAGCCAAACUAAUGUAAUUUAUAAGAAAAAAUUAAUAAGUGAAACGUUUAAAGUUAAAAAAAAAAAAAUCGUAACUUUGCAUUACUUAGAAAUGAACUUCCUCUUCAUAUUAAAAAUCUUAUUUAUUUAUACUGGCUUCUGAUGAAAUUAUUAAAUUAACAAGGAAGUUUAAUUAUACUUGUAUUUGUUACAAUUAUAUGUAAAUACUUGGAAAGAGAUUAAUGAAUUCUCUCUCUUGCACGUUUCACUGAAGACUAUCUUAUAAAAGUAAUAAAAAUAUAUUUUUAAACAUUUCACAAAAUAUUAUUUAUAUAUCGCUGUAAUUAAUCAAUUAUUGUUUAAAAACAAUAUCCGUUAUUUAUUACUGUUAACACUAUCGUCUAAUAUUUUCCGACAUCUUUGCUUAAUUUAAGAAAAAGAAAAGAUGCUCUCAGAGAUCAAAGAAAUUCAAUGACAUUAUGAACCAAUUACUUUCCAUAUUUAUAUUAAAAUAAUUUUAAGAUAUUUGUUGCAAGAUAUUAUAAAAAGAUAAGGCUCGUGAAUAAAAGUUGUGUAAGCCAUGUUCUUGUUGUAUUUAUCGUUAAUUAAUUUCGUGUGCUAAAUAUUACAUAAUUAUUUAUAUUCGUAACAUGUAACAGACGAUGGUAAUGGAGUAACAUUUGUUUUUAAUACUAAACCACAUAAUUAUUAUUUCCUGUAACAUCCAUAAGAAUGUAACUGUUUAUUUAUUUGUAAGAACCUGAGUAUAUGCACGCUUCAUGCCAAAAAAUUAAUGUAAAAGACACGUUUCAUUCGUUGAUUUUGUCACCAUCUGGAUCUACGUGAUUAUGUGUGUACUGACAUUAAUUUAUAAUAAAGAAUAAAUAUGUUACAGUAAAUAUUAUU